CGAAUCUAUGAGCUGAUUGUUGUUCGUUGUCGCUCCACUUUCUCAUCUGUGGUACUUACACUGACACUGUCGGUAUAGAUAUGCAGUUAUUGUUAUUAUAAUGUGCUGUUCUUAGUUAGGUGUUAAAGCGUUAAAUAGAAUAUUAAGAUUGAUUUUGUCUUUCACACGCGUAAUUUUUUACCGGCGAGCAGGAUCAAUUCUGUCAAUUCUUCCAUCAGUAUGCAGAAAAGGGUCGCGAAUGUGUUUCUACUUUGUGUUCUAAUUUGCAAUGAGACGCCACUCUUUAAGGCGGCGGAAUUAAGGAACCAGAAGAGUCAGGGAGAAUAUCGUGGCAUACUGGACCAGCUUUAUUCCUCAAUUUCUGGAUUUUUUGGUGGUUCGGACGCUAAGGACCCAUCAUCAUCACAAGUUGCACAUGAUGACAUAAUAAUAACUCCACCCCCAUUUCCCGACAAAAGCAAUCCUCACUACAAACCAGGCACUACAAACAACGGUGGAAUGCUUAAUAAGAUUGUUGCUACUAUGUCGGGCAUCACAUCAGGAAUUUUCGGAGCGGUAGGAGCUAACCGCGGUGGUCCUGUACAUUUUCUUAAACAAGCGAGUACUCUGAAACCAAAUAUAUUAGAAUCAAAUGCAAAUCAACAUGACUCCGGUUUAGUUCAUGACGACAAAACGCCGAGCCUCAUUCCUCAAAUUCCUAGUUUUAGUAUACCUCAGAAUCCACUGGGAGGAAUUUUUAGUAAUAUUUUACAACAGGUUGACUCGUGCAGUGAAAUUCGAAAACUUCUGGGACAGUGCUAAUCCAAUUUUUUUUACAAACUAGCCAAUUAUUAGUUUAAUUAUGAGUAAAUAUUUUGUCAGGGUGUGUGCAAAAUAAAUUGGUACUUAUGUCAUGUCAAUUUAAUAUUUAAUUUUUUCGAAUGUCUUAUUUCGAGCACUAUAAAUAGAAUUUUUGAUAAUAAAUUUCUUAGCUCCCGUAA